AUGAUGAAAAUCCGUGGCGUCCUUCUCUCGGCCAUGGUAGUCACUACGAUUGCGCAGCAGGCCAACUUUGGAUACGAGCGGCUUGGAGAGCGUCGCGAUGUUCUUCCCCUCCUCCCCGGGAUGGGUUUCAUUCACACAUUUCUGUAUGACACGAUGAACAUCAUUCAGGAAUUCGGGCACUGGCUAGCGGCCAACACCACUGCCUUGGAGUGA